AUGUCUUUGCAACAGAGGUGGAAUGCCAUGUGCGAAAAGUUUGAGCAAUACUCUAAUGCCAUGCAAUACCUUUGGGACACAUGGUUAGAUCCUUACAAAGAACGAUUUGUUGCAGCAUAUAUAAACCAAUUUAUGCACCUUGGGAGCAAUUCAAGCCAAAGGGCAGAGUCUGCGCAUGCGAGGCUCAAACGAUACUUGGGAGAUACCAUGUCCUCGCUUCAAACAUCUUUUCAGAAAAUAGAAAAGAUGUUGACCAGUCAAUUCGGGGAUAUUCAGGGAUCGUUCCAAAAAUCUCUCAACAUUCCACGACACAUACAUCUGCAUGAAGGCAUUUAUAGUGAAAUCAGAGGUCGCAUUUCAUUACAGGCAAUGAACUUGAUCCAUAAGCAGGCACAACGCAUUGAAAGCAAAGCCGGCCUUUGCUUUUGUAAGAUCAAAAGGACACACGGAUUGCCAUGCUUUCACGAUAUUGCACUUUAUCGUUCUGUGGACAGGCCAAUUCUGCUAAGCUCUAUCCACCCUCACUGGAGUACGUUGUCCAUGCACGCCCAGAGGCAUACUGAUGAGGGAGCACGAUCCGACAGAGCAGCUCAACUUAUUGAAAGAUUAAAUGAAAUGGAUUCCGACAAUCGAGAGUCUAUGAUAGACAGGUUUCUUGAUAUGGUGGAUCCAUCUCGUUGCACAGUUCGACCUCCAGCAUAUAACACAGAACACAGGGGUCGACUUACAAGCAGGGAUGAGCAGAAUAGAGGUCGUAUACCUUCCUUCACAGUAUCCACUUCAGAAUCUCGAGCCUCACGUAUGCCAACAUCACAAGGGAGCAAUAAGAGGGAUCACCUCGUUCAGAAAUUUCCUCAGCAAUAUCAGCGUUAUAUUUCCCACUGUGUUGACGUUCGAGCCGAUGGUCAUUGUGGCUUUAGGGCGAUAGCCGCGCAACUCUAUGGUUCUGAAGAUGAAUGGGCUCAAGUACGACAGGACCUUAUCCAAGAGAUUGAACAAAAUAGGGUCCUGUACGAUCAGGUUUAUCCAGAACGUAAUUAUGUAUCCUAUGUGCUACAAAGACUUCGUUGCUUCCAGCCAUCGGCACCAGAGGAUCAUUGGAUGGAUUCUAUAUCAUUGGGACUUGUCAUCGCAUCAACGUACAACGUUGUACUACAUACAUUCGAUAUGAUUGCUUCGAGUUGUUUCACUCACUUGCCGUUGAGCUCCCAUCCAGUUCCCUUAGAAGCGCGCACACAUAUAACUAUUGGCCGUGUUAAUGACAAUCACUUCGUGCAAGUUUCCCUAUACCGUCAUUACCCUAUACCACCCAUCAUCAUAUGGUGGAGGCCAAAUGCAUCAAAUGAAGCACAAGGAUGGGCUCAUCCUUAUGAAACACGCCUCCAAUUGUGGUACGAAGUGAUGCAGAUAUAUCCGCCGGGACGACAACCACAAUUUGGCGAAAAUAUUGACUAA